AUGAAUUUUAUUAAUAAGUCAAUUUGCUUAUUAUUUAUUUUUGUGAAUAUUAAUUGUAUAUUUGCUGAAAGUGAUGAAGAUUUAUCAAAUGAUUUGUAUGUAAUUGAAGGAAAAGUAUUUCCUUGGGAUGGUUCUCCAAAUGGAUGGCAACUUAUGACCCAUGUUAUGGCAAAUGUGGUGAACCCUAACUACGCCUACGAACCAGUGAGAGUAGAAAUAAACUCCAAGGGUAAAUUCCGAGCGAGGAAAGUAAACUUGAUCCAGACCUCUCAGGUGAUCCAGGUGCCUUAUCCGUUGAAAAUGAGGGCUGUAACUCCCUUCAGGUACUUCCAGGUUCGCGAGCAAUGGAGAGUUGCUGACUUUUUAUUCAGUCCAAUGGUUCUAAUGAUGAUCUUACCACUGCUGCUGAUCAUGGUGAUCCCCAAAGUAAUGAACGACCCCGAGACCCGCAAAGACCUGGAACAGUUCAACAGUUUGACGAGUUAUAAUAUGCCCGAGAUGUCUGAAGUUAUCACGUCGUUUUUGACUGGCAAUGAUAAGCAGAAGACUAAAGCGAUCAAAGCUACCAAAAAGCGACAAUAA